GCACUUGCUUGCUCUCGGCUCGACGCCUCCCUUCCAGACAUUCCCGUGAUGGACGGCGCAGUGUUCCUGGAGAUCAGAGAGAGGACGCAGAGCGGUUUGCUGAUCAUCCGUCAAUUAAAGCCGGAAAGCUGGCCUGCUGAUAUUACAGUGCUGCCAUCAUUGCUAGAGCUAAAGAGUGGCGGAGGCUCCAAGUCAAUCCCCCUUCCACCAGAGGUCAGGAUUGUUCCUUCUUCCUGCCGAGGACUACAAUAUGUGCCUGGGGAUGGCUUACAUAUGAGACUGCGCGUUCAAGCAGAUUGCAGUAAAAAACUGAUGCCAUCUGUUCACAAGAGCCUUAAAUCUAAGAUGAGUUGCACUCUUUAUUGUCAGUCUUGUGGCAACAGUAUAAUACCUGGUUGGACAUUUCUUCGGGUUCUCUCCCUUCCUGAUGAGAACUGGAGUGAUUUGGUGGAGGAAUGGUGUUGUCAUGCCAACCCCUUCCAUGAGAGCCUGCUUCACCCACAAAAUGGCGACUGUUUUCUUGCACACAAUUACUUCCUGGUCAAUUCAGGAGAAGAGUUGACUGGGCCAGGAGCUGAAGUCCUUCCCCCGGAGUCUCAGGAUGCUGGUUCUCCCAGUAGCAGUUGUAUUUCGAAUUCAAAGACAGAUAGCAGAAUAAUUUGCAAGCGCUGCAAGACAUUGUUGGGAGAGGUUAUGUCCUCAGGUGUCGCAAAGUACUAUUUCACUGAACUAUUUGUUCAGCCAUCUGAAGAUGUUAUCAACAUGAUACCAAGGUCUGAUUUUAUACAGAGUGUUGUAGCCCAGUGCCUUGUAGAGCUGUCUGCUGCAAGAAGCACAUUUAGGUUCAGCAUACAAGCAACCGAUGGGACAGUCUACAUCUUGGUGUGGCUGCUGAAUUCUGAUACACUGUUGAUGGAAUCUGCAGGAAAUUUGGAAUCCAGUAAUGUUUUUACAUUACUUGAGUCGACUACAUCAUCUGAUUCAAGGUCAUCAGAGAUUUGGAAAGCUAUUAAGGUUCUUUACCAUCCGUGCAUUAAAAACAGAAAUAAGGACCUUGUUGAUGCAUGGGAAAAUGACUUUGGAGUACAUCCUCUGACAUUUCCAUCAAAAACCUGUUUGGAACUGCUGCUGAUACUGUCUCAGAGUAAUGCUUCGCUGCCACCUUCUCUUCGCAGGAUGGAUUUUUUCCAGGUCUACUGUUUGACAAGAAGCAGAAAAAGAAUUUGCAGGUUGCAUUUUUGAAGAUGUAAAGGAAUUUAUGAUUUGAAAAAUCCUCUCAAGUUAAAUUUCAGCUAUAAAGAACUGUGGAAUGAAGACUUCAAAUCUUUCUAAAAUGCAAUGCAGAGCCAGAGAAAACAUCCCACCAGCAAGAACAAUCAAAAUUGUAUAUUUAACUUGUUGUUUGACUCUGGAGUUUUGAGAUCUUCAAAGAAUGUGUCAGAGGCAAGUUCCUUAAGCAGGGAUGCCUACUGUUGCAGAUCAGGCAUUCAGAGAGCAACUUAAUUUGUUGCAUUAGGAGUCUGAGAUCCAUGGAAGGUAAUGCCUUGCUAAUUUCCCAAAGAGAAAUCAGUUAUCUGCUGCAAUGACUUCAGCUUUAAAAAGAAGGAACUGACAGUGGCUGCUUUCCUUUUUCUGAAAAAAAAGUGAGCAUGAAGAACUGUUUGUUGAAUAUUGCAGUGUCCAAGUAAUAAAUUAAUUUUGCAGUUUUAGUGUAAGUUCUGAACCAUGAUUGUAUAGAAGAACCUAAUAUGUUUUAGCUGUUUUUCUUACAAAGUUCUUGCAAGGCAAGAUUGGUUAAGGGCUCCUGCCUCCUGUAUGCAUGCCUUGCACACCAUUUCAUUCUUCAGCACUUGACGUUUAAAUGUAUAAGCUGACUCCAGUGAAAAGCACUGAGGAGAUAUGAAAGUGAUAGAAACUGAGCAGUGUGCAGUGGCUUGGAGAAGCAGCAGACGCUCAGUGUAAUGGAUUUAUUAAGAACUGCAGAAGGGAGAGGGUCUUGCCAAGAACUCAAGAGAUGAAGAAGGCAUCCCUGGGACUAGGGUAUGCAUGGAAUCUUGCGUGAUGUGUGCUGCAGAGCUGUGCAACUACCAUAUUCAUAAGUAUGGAAUGGUGGCCAAGGCUGCCCUUGUUUACUAAUCCAAAUGCUUUAUCCUUUGGAUAAAGAGCAGCUGCUAAGCCAGACUGUGUCUAAGGGCUGAAAUACGUUUUGUGCUUUGAAAACAAUAUAUAUUGUGUUGUAGAGCAAUCCAGUGUCAGCACAUCCUCUGGGGGCAGGUAGCAGCACUGCCAUUACUGGGCAUCCUGCUGCCUGGAUUUUGCCCAGACUGCCCUUGGCUCUGUUUUGCAUGGGGACCAGUGCACUACCCAGUUGAAAUGGAAAAUACCUGUCAUGAAAGUGAUGGCCAGUUGACCCAUGCAAAAAUGCCAGUACACAGAGAGCAAGGGUGGAAAAACACAACCCCUGUGGGCUGCGCACACCCCUCUGCCCUCCACCCAAUAAUAAAAAGCUGCCUUGAAUGCCAUGUCUUGGUAGUAAGGUGGGGUGUAACUAAAUCAAUCAAUAUUUUCCAGUGGCACCUGGACCAGCCAUUUUGACCCCCCUUUUGACCCCUUUAAUGUUCUGGAUGCCCCUUUCCUUCCUCCUCUUGACAUAUGGGGGAAGUUCAGCCCACAGUUUGAUUUGCCUGAAAUGGCCUUGGCACCUUCCACAGUUGCUCAGCCCUGACUUAAAGAGCUAAAACAGUGUGUACCCAGAUCCAUACUAAAUGUGCUCAGUAAUCAUUCCUAUUAAAAUGGUUAAGGACUGAAGCAUUAAAUUAAGAUGGCAUUUUUUAAUGUACAAAAUUGUGUCCUGGAGCUUGGCAGAGAAUUUAGAAAACGUUUCCUGAAAGUUUUACUUUAUAUCAGCCCUGUACAAAGGCGAACAUAAACAGCAAUUUCAUCGCAGUCUGAACAGGCUGUUUGCUCAGAUUACCAGGCUUGCCCUUUAAUAGACUUUGAUUUAUGUAGUCCUAAUAAGAGCAGAGCAGUCAAAGGUCUUUAUCUGAGUGUUGAAAAGAAAACAGAUAUGGGACAAUUUACAGCUUGUGCUUGGCUGCAAAAGGGGAGGGGGCAGGGGCAGGGAAGAGGUCUUUCACCAAAUGGCUGAAGAAUUAUAUCUCAGGCUGAUGAAAGGGCACUAAAUUAGGAGAGGUUAACAUGGUAUCUUAAAGGAGAAACUUGAGUUGCUGUUGUAGCUCAUUCUUACUAAUUAUUAAAAACUUGGCUUUUCAGGCUGUGAUUUACAAAUGGAGAUUGACUGUUAGGCGUUCUGGUCUUCAAUUUGCAAAAGAAAAUGUCCAUUCCCUUCUUACAAAGGGAUCUCUAGUAGAACUGGCAUUUUGGCAGUUCUCUGUUGACUAGCCAGAUAAGUCAUGGAGAAUCCCACUAAUUUGCCAUUAUUCAGAAACAGGAGGAAGUUGCAAAAUUAAUUUACCAGUUUUCUUGAAGGAAACCAAUUACUGACCUUCUCCAGAUAUUUUAAGGAUUUUCCAGGGUCUCUGAAAAGUGCUUUGACAUUUAUUUGCAAAUAUAAUAAUCAUAAUGUUUUUGAAUGGUUGUGUGUGCGCACACAAAACCCAGUAAGAUUAAACCUUAAAAUCCAUGUGUAAGGCUGUGAAGAGAAGCACCUGCAUUCACAAGGCUUUUCAUAAUUUUCCAUUGUCAUUCCCUAAUGUUCUAAUUUUUAAACUGUGGAAAGAAAGCAAAGCUUUGUUUCUUUGAAGGUGGUGGUAUGGGGGGAUCUUACUUUCAAGAUGUCUCACUAUACUUUGUGGGACAAAUAUAUCCAGACUUAUCAAUUGUAGAUCCAAAGGUGCUCUUAAGAAAAUAUAGCAGUAAGAGGCUUUAACUGUACUUCAGGUACUAUAUGGGCAACAGUGAUUGUCUGUACAUUUGCCCCUACUUCACUGGAGAACCACAUACACAUAUCAGGUCUACAUAUGCCUCUUGGUACAUACAGGAGCCUAUAAAUGGCAAAAACCCAAGCAACUGACCUUUCAGGAUGGAGUGUCAGGGAAGGAAAGUGUCGUGCUGUUGCUGCUUCUCUGCCAAACCAAAGGGUUUUAGAUUACCUGUGUAUGUAAUUGGAUCACAUUUUUUAAUGUUGCGGCAUUUAUGUAAUGUAAUUUAAUAAAUCUAAGGAUAUUUUUCAAUAAUGAAUACUCAAGGCAAUUUACAAAUCCAAAGAUCAAAAUAUAGAAAUACGAAAUAUAUUUCAAAACUGGGAACUAAUGAUAAACAUAGAUAAUACAUUGAAAGCUCAGCUGGUGGAGACAAAGAAUUCUAAGUGAUAGGUUAAAAGCACUUACAUGUCACUCUGUUCCCUCUCCAAAUGGACAACUUUAUCAGGAAGUGUAACCCUAAGAUAAGUGUUUAAAAUAAUAAAAAAAUACACUAGUUUGGAUAAAACAGACAUAUUAGGACAAUGUGACCUAAAAAGAUACUGGAUAACCUGAUAAGAUGUUAGAAAAUAGUUUUUGGUAACAAAUAGCAAAAAUAAAACUACUUGGAAAUUAAAGGCAAUAAUAGCAAGAUAUACCCAGUACCCCAGUUAUGAAUGUCUGAGUUAAGAACAAUUCCUACUUACGAAUGGGCAAAUCUGGAAGUACCACCUCUUCCUUGAAAAGGAAGGGAGGGAGGAAAGGGAAGAAAGAGGGAAAAGGCAGUGAGCAGCAAAGUCUUAACUAGUUCCAAGUGAUGGUGGAACUAAGGUAGUUUUUCAUGCCCAUGAAAAAUUAGCAUAUCCAAGCCAGUGUGUUUCAGAUCAUGUAUCGUAAGUGUUGCCUUCUGUAGCUCUGCACUGCAUCUGGUUUGCAACCAUGCUUCCCAAGCAUAAAUCUGAUGCAAGUGCAGGUGAUGCAUUGAAGCAAAGCAAACGCAGUCAAAACUAAUGUAGGAAUAACAAAGCAGUCAGAGAAAAGUAAGAGGCCAUUGGUCAGUGGGAAAGCGUUCAAUAAUAAUUAGGCUUUAGUCGUUCAAUAAUCAUAUUCUCUCUCUUUUGAACCUGUACUUACUUUAUUAUUAUGGUACAAUUAUUACUGAAAUGCUGUUUUGUGUUUAAGAUGUUUUACUGUAUAUAGAAUUUUCUUAAGUGUUUUCAAUGUAUUUCCAUAAAAAUACACAUGAUUUGCCUUACAUACAAAUUUGACUUAAAGACAGUUUCAGGAAUAAAACUCAUUCUUAACCUGGGAACUAGGUGUAUUUAGUCAUCCUGAAGACAGAAAUUUAAAAUGUUUAACAUUAUAUUCAGAAUUGUAUAGCAAUGGCCAUGAAAUGUCAGAGCAGGAUAUUGAUGGUUCUCCCCACACCCCCAGUUAACAUUCUGUGUCCACGUGUAUUAUAAAAGUGAGUUUUAAUGGUGCAUUUAAAGAUUGAUGAAAUCACAAAAGAUAUAACAUGAAAAUGGAUAAAGAUCUGGUCUGGAUAGAUUUCCAAAUGAGAGAUAUGAAAAAAAAAAUCCUAGCUUUCCAGUUCCUGAGCAUUGCAUUUGCAUAAAUCUAUUUUUGAAUUAGAUUCACUGUCAUUAGCACAUUGCAGAAAUGUUUAAGCCAGAUAUAGACCAUACUCCCUAUGCUAAACACUGACCUAUUUCAUUGAUUGAUACUAAUAUUAAAAUACUAAGUGCUGAGGUGUUAUUACAAUGUUAGUCCAACCAGACCAGGUAGGAUUUAUAAAAAAUAGGCAGCAAAAUGAUAAUCUUAGGGUGACUGUUAACUUGAUUGCAUUAAAAAGUAUAGAAUAGAUACAGCUGUCAUUAUCUCUGGAUGCAGAGAAGGCCUUUGAUAAAAUUUAUUUGAAAUUUAUCUUUGCCACCAUGAGAAAUUUGUUUCUAAAUGGCUUAAAAUUUUAUAUGAAACUCCAAGAGCCAGAAUUAGGACCAAUGGAAUCUUAUCUGAGAUUUUUUCUUUUCACUUGCGAGAAGUACCAGACAGGGAUGUUCUCUUCUUCACUGAUACUUAAUUUAUGUUUUGAACUCCUGACAAAACCUUAAUAUUCAUAGAUUUGUGUAUAAUGUAUUAGAAUAUAAAUGUAUUCUCCAUAUUAAUGAGCUUCUUUUGUUUAUUUUGUAAUGCCAGUAAUCUCUUCCAGCUUUGGUACAGAUGAUUAAUGAUUUCAGAUAUUUAUCUUAUUAUCCUAUUGACCAGUUGAGGUCAAAGCUCAUGUCUGUAGAAGAUAUUGCUCUCCAUAAAGUGUUAACUAAUUGGCAAACUCA